GAUAGGAGAUUAAAAGCCAAAAGGAAAGGAAGGGCACGAGUCAAAUCACUAUUGGACCAACCAUUUCAACUUCAAAUCAAUGUUUGUAUUGCGCUUUAUCAUUUCUCUAAAGCGAAAACACCAUUUCCAUUUAAGCGAAAAUCCCAGCAGCAUCUGAUCAGCUCUGAAGCUCCUCCCCGCUCACUCUGCUCCUUCUGCUCAGCUGGAUCUCACUCUCACAGGAUAAAAACAUGCAAAAAUACGGAACUCUGGGUAGAGUUCUGCAGCUACUGGUGCUCGUUAAGUUUAUCGAAUGUUAUAUGGCAUUACUCUGUGCGUAUGAACAUGGUGAAUUUUGCAGCUGGUUAUUUGAAAAUGAUUUUGGAGCUGGGUUUUAGAGGUGGCAAGGGCGUGAAAGGCCAAGAAGUGAAAAUUAGAGUGGCUUUCGUGGUUUUUGUUUCCAUAUGGAUUAGCCUUGCGGGUCUUUACGCUUUGUUGAAGCCAAUAUCAAAUGGUUGUGUCAUGACAUAUAUGUACCCUACAUACAUUCCCAUAUCCACUCCAGAAAAUGUGUCGUCUGCGAACUUAAUGGUGUCCCUGUCCUUUUCAUACCUGGCAAUGGUGGAAGCUAUAAGCAGGCAAGCUUCUCUUCUAGCUGUUUUCAAUUCUUUCUUUAGUCAUAUACUGGUGUUGGACUCUUUAGUGAGAUCCCUGGGUGCAGAGUCUGAUAGGGCUUAUCAAGGAGGUCCACUCGAAUGGGUCUCUUACCAAGCUUCCCCAAUUUUCAGUGAGGAAGUCGAUAUUGAUUACUCCGACAUUAAGUUACCCAGUCGAUACGCUUCCAUGCUCGAUUGGUUUGCAGUAGAUCUUGAGGGUGAACACUCUGCAAUGGAUGGUCAGAUACUUCAAGAACACGCGGAAUAUGUAGUAUAUGCCAUUCACAGGGAUGAUGAUGUGGUAUUCUCUUUCUUGAACACAUCUCCAUGGGGGUUUAUGAAAGUUUGUAUCCAAUAUGGCAUUGCUAUUUUGGACCACUACAAAGAAUCUCGUGAUGCUCGAGCAAACGAAAGCUCUUCUGUUUCUGGAAGCGUACCAAAAAGUGUCAUUUUGGUUGGUCAUUCUAUGGGUGGUUUUAUUGCUAGGGCCGCAGUUGUGCAUCCUCACUUGAGAAAGUUUGCUGUUGAAACUGUUCUGACACUUUCCAGCCCACACCAGUCUCCUCCUGUGGCAUUGCAGCCAUCCUUGGGCCACUACUAUGCACACGUGAAUGAGGCAUGGAGAAAAGGAUAUGAGGGCCAAACCUCUCGAAGCGGACACUACCUGUCUACUCCUUUGCUUUCACAUGUUGUCAUUGUCUCCAUUUCUGGGGGUUAUAAUGAUUACCAGGUGCGUACAAAGUUAGAGUCCCUUGAUGGUAUUGUUCCGUCUGCGCAUGGCUUCAUGAUUAGUAGCACUGCCAUGAGAAAUGUAUGGUUGUCCAUGGAGCACCAAGUUAUCUUAUGGUGUAAUCAGCUAGUUGUGCAAGUGUCACACACUUUACUUAGUCUGAUGGACACCAAGACAGGUCAACCUUUUGGUGAUGUUAGACAAAGAGUUGGUAUAUUUACAAAAAUGCUCCAUAGUGGAAUCCCACAGACCUUCCUUUCAUCGAGGCAAUCACCACAAUCGCAAAAGUCUGACCAGGCUUCUGAUCAAAAUAGAAUAGUCAAUGCUGAGUGGUCUGUUCUAUUGGAACUGGCGUCCAGUCCAUUUGGUUAUAAACUGAACAACCCAAAUAGGAUAGUCACCUGGAUUUUAUCUUCAUCCUAUGGGGUGAAUAACCGACGAAUAUCUGAUAACUCCGGGUUGCAAGUUCCCUACAUAUCUGGUUGCCCACGUGAUAGCCAAUGGAAUGAUGAUGGACUUGAAAGAGAUCUUUACAUCCAAACUAGUUCUGUCACUGUGUUAGCUAUGGAUGGGCGAAGACGUUGGAUGGACAUUCACAAACUGGGUGCGGACAGAAAAACCCACUUUGUUUUUGUCACGAAUCUUUCACCUUGUUCUGGUGUUCGACUACAUCUUUGGCGAGAGAAGGGAACAUCAACUGCAGACCUUUUAACUGACAAACGGGUUGUGGAAAUCACCUCAAAAAUGGUACACAUUCCCUCUGGCCCAGCUCCAAGGCAGAUUGAACCAGGUAGUCAGACUGAGCAAGCUCCUCCAUCUGCUGUAUUUUGGUUGAGUCCUCAGGAUAUGCACGGCUUCAGGUUCUUGACCAUCUUAGUGGCGCCUCGCCCGACUGUUUCAGGAAGACCUCCACCAGCUGCAUCUAUGGGAGUUGGACAAUUUUUCAAUCCAAAGGAUGGAGAACACUUAUUCUCUGCUUACCAGUUGAUUCAUUCAUUAUACUCAAAAAAGGAUGUGAAUUUGAAAGAAGAUCAUCCUCUUAUUCUCAACCAUACAUUUUCCGUUAGCUUAGGUCUUCUUCCUAUUUCUUUAACCCUUGAAACAACUGGCUGUGGAAUUAAGAAGUCAGAAUUUCCUCUUGAAGAGUCGGGAGAUGUUGAAACUAGUACCAUUUGCAGACGUCGCUGUUUCCCACCUGUGGCUCUUGCUUGGGAUGCUACAUCUGGUCUCCAUGUAUUUCCCAAUCUGUUUUCUGAAAGAAUUAUUGUGGAUUCCUCUCCAGCAUUGUGGACUUCUUCAAAGAAAUCUGACAAGACAACCGUUUUGUUACUGGUAGACCCGCAUUGCUCGUAUAAAAGUACUGUUAGUAUUUCUACCACUACUGCUGCUGGUAGAUUCUUGAUCUUAUACUUUUCUCAGAUCAGUGGCCUUUGCUUUGCUGUUGCGUUUUUUGCUCUGAUGAGGCAGGCAUAUGCAUGGGAACUUGAUCAGCCCAUACCUUCAUUGCUAUCUGCCGUUGAAUCAAACCUGAGAAUGCCAUGGCCAUUUUUCUUACUUGCCACACUGCCAGUUCUGCUUGCUGUGCUCAUUUCUUUCCUAGGCUCCCAGCCCAUUCCUCCAAUUAUAAGUUUCUUAGCAGUUUCAGUACUUUGCUACGUUUUUGCAAAUGGAGCUGUAGCUGUGCUGAUAUUAGUUUCCCUGUUGCUUUUCUAUGUGGCUGGCACUGUCCAAGUAUUUUUCAGGAAACGGUGGCACUUGUGUGAAGGAAACUUGUGCUUUUCUUUUGUCCAAUGGUUCAUGAAUAAGUCCUCCAGCUUUGCAUCUACCAAGGUGAUAAGAGUUUUAAGGGCAAAGCCUCUGCUUAUUACGUCAAUGAUUGCAAUUGCCUUGGUGUGCCUUGUGCAUCCUGCACUGGGUCUCUUUGUGUUGCUCUUAUCGCAUGCUUUUAGCUGUCACAGUGCCUUGUUCAGGCUUUUGAUGGCUUCAUUUCGCAGCCAUGUCCGGGCCAAGGAGUUGUAUGAAUCCCGACAUAGUGGUCCGAUGCUGCAAAGUCCCAAGUAUGAUGGGGAUAUUAGUGAGCCAAUUCUAGGAAACGAAACCUGUACUGGUAGCCCUGAAUCUAAUAGAAGCUACGUUGACACGCAACUAGACAUCUUUCAUCACCAGCAUGGUUUGCUAGUUUUACAUUUGCUGGCAGCAUUAAUGUUUGUGCCUUCGCUUGUGGCCUGGCUUCAGAGAAUUGGUAUAGGCCAAAGUUUUCCAUGGUUUUGGGACUCUCUACUUUGCGCUGGUGUUGUGGUGCACGGAGUAUGUGAUUCGAAGCCUGAAUUCAAUUUUUAUCUGUUUCCAAUCCCUCUGUGGGAAGUCAGGCUGAGCUUUGCAUAUCUCCUUGCUGGAUACUUUUCCUAUCUAUCUGCCUUGGCUUUAUCACCAUAUCUGGUGUUCUAUGCAAUGGCUGCAAUUGGAAUAGUUUCCUUCAUUUUCAGGAUCCUCCAAAACAGAAACAGGUCAAAGGGAGACACGUAUUACAGGAGGAGCAGAAAACAUUCUCACAGACAUUGACGUUGUUCAUCGAUUGCUGGAAUUUUUAUUUUUUCUUUUUCCACGGCACUGCUGCUCUGCUUAGCUAGCUAGAGUCAACUGGAACUAAUUUUUGAAGUUGUGAUCCUGUAAAAAAAAUUAUUUCUUGGUUCUGUAGUGAAAUUUGUAUUAGGAUACUGCUUUUUAGUAUUCUUUUACUCCGUACAUUUGUGAAAUCUAUAUCUAUAU